GCGGAGAACGCUACAUUGCAGUCAGCAGGAGUCUUCUCGGUUUUGUCACAUCUGAAAGUGUUCCAUAAAAGUCAAUACUUAUCGAAACGAACGUACGGCGUCAUUGUACAUUGUUCAACGUCCGAUGACUUAUGCUCGAGCUCAGAUUGUUAAAAACGGAACCAUUAUUUGUUCUCUGGAUGGUAUUGACCGGAAUCAAGGCGACACGCAAACAACUAAAAAUGGGAUCAAUUUGAAAGUCUCGAUUGUCGAAUCCAGGGGCCGCGUCGAGUUGAGAUUGACGUCGGUGAAUCGUCACGAAACGCCAAAUCUCACCCAAUUUGUAUUUGCAAUCAUUGUGCCAUUUAUCCAGUCACCAAACGAGGAGGAGGAAGAUUUUCAUCAAGUGACGCUCGACACACCACCAGACCGGGAAGAAUUAAGAACUCGCCGCGGUGGAGCGACUCUGCAACCGAUCAUCUACGCUGGACCUGUUAUUUAGCUCUACUAGCGGGCCCCAUAGGGCCCGCUAGUCGCUUUGGAGUUCUGAUUAAUUGUUGUUUGAGUUUGGUUGAUUGAUUUAUCCCGUCCCCUUGUUAAUUGGCCUUUGUGUGAUUUGUGUUGCUGAUUGACUAAUCAGCAACACGGAGAUAAAUGAUGACUUAGCACA